CCUCAUGCUUCCAAUUGUUGUAAACAAGACAUGGUGCUGAAACGAGGCGGUAAGGUUUGCCACUGUGUAUAUCCCAUAAAGCUAGACAUUCUUCUUUUGAAUGUCUCUCAGAGUCCUGAUUGGGAUAAAUUUCUUGAAGAAUUAGCUACCCAGCUAGGAUUGCAAAAUAAUACCCAGAUUGACCUGAUAAACUUUUAUGUAAUCAACUUUUCAACAUUGAAUAUCUCAAUGGAUAUUACUCCACAUAAAGGCAUCAGUUUCUCUGCCAAUGAAGCUUCUAAAAUAAACUCUUUACUUUCAAUGCAUAAGGUGCGCCUAGACCCUGGAUUAGUAGGUGGGUACAAACUUCUCAACAUAAUCUGGUUUGAACCUCCACCUCCAACUCAAGCACCUACUUUAACUGCUUCGCCAGAGAAAGCACCUUUGUAUCAUUCACCUACGGCUACAUCAUUGAGUUCUUCAAAUAAGGGAGGGCAUUCAAAUCUAUUUCUUGUUCUUGGAAUUGCUAUUGGCAUGCUUUUUCAUUGCAGUUGUAUCUAUAUUAAUAUUCUGCUUGUGCACGCUGCUGUCAAAGAAAAAAAAACACCCCCCAUUGAAAUUGAAAAGCCAAGGACAGAGAAUGUUGUUUCAGCUGGGAGUUUUGUUCCCUGCACAACCGGAACACGACCAUACACCAAGUUAAACCUUCAGAACUAUUUUCCAACUUAA